CUAGUCUGCGAUUGCAAUGGGAAAUCCGGGCAAUGCAUCUUCGACCCCGAGCUUCACAGACAGACGGGCAGCGGACUCCGCUGUCUCGACUGCAGGGACAACACUGCGGGCGUGCGCUGCGAGAGGUGCAAGGAAGGGUUCUACCGGCACAGAGAAAGGGAUCGCUGUCUGCCCUGCAAUUGCAACUCCAAAGGUUCCCUUAGUGCUCGAUGUGACAACUCUGGACGGUGCAGCUGUAAACCGGGUGUGACAGGAGACAGAUGUGACCGCUGCCUGCCGGGCUUCCACACGCUCACAGAUGCCGGGUGCAGCCAAGACCAGAGACGCCGAGACUCCAAGUGUGACUGCGACCCAGCUGGCAUCGCGGGGCCCUGUGACUCGGGUCGUUGUGUCUGCAAGCCAGCUGUCACUGGAGAACGCUGUGACAGGUGCCGACCCGGCUACUACCACCUGGACGGGAGGAACCCCGAGGGCUGCACGCAGUGUUUCUGCUACGGCCAUUCCGCCAGCUGCCACAGCUCCGCCGACUACAGCGUCCAUAAGAUCACCUCGGCCUUCCCUCACGAUGUCGACGGCUGGAAGGCCGUCCACAGAAACGGGUCCCCCGCAAAGCUCCAGUGGUCGCAGCGCCAUCAGGACGUGUUUAGCUCGGCCCGCCGGUCCGACCCUGUCUAUUUUGUGGCUCCCGCCAAAUUUCUUGGGAAUCAACAGGUGAGCUAUGGGCAAAGCCUGUCUUUUGACUACCGUGUGGACAGAGGAGGCAGACACCCAUCUGCCCAGGAUGUGACCCUGGAAGGUGCUGGGCUGCGGAUCACGGCUCCCUUGAUGCCACUUGGCAAGACGCUGCCUUGUGGGAUCACCAAGACAUACACAUUCAGGUUAAAUGAGCAUCCAAGCAGUAAGUGGAGCCCCCAGCUGAGUUAUUUUGAGUAUCGGAGGUUACUGCGGAACCUCACGGCCCUCCGGAUCCGAGCUACAUAUGGAGAAUACAGUACUGGGUACAUCGACAAUGUAACCCUGGUCUCAGCCCGCCCUGUCUCUGGAGCCCCGGCACCCUGGGUCGAGCACUGUGUAUGUCCCGCUGGGUACAAGGGCCAGUUCUGCCAGGAUUGUGCUUCUGGCUACAAAAGAGAUUCAGCCAGACUGGGGCCUUUCGGCACCUGUGUUCCAUGUAACUGCCCAGGGGGCGGGGCCUGUGACCCAGACACAGGAGACUGUUAUUCGGGGGAUGAGAAUCCUGACGUCGUCGAGUGUGCCGACUGCCCCAUUGGUUUCUACAAUGACCCACACGACCCCCGCAGCUGCAAGCCGUGCCCCUGUCACAAUGGGUUCAGCUGCUCGGUGAUGCCCGAGACGGAGGAGGUGGUGUGCAACAACUGCCCCCCGGGGGUCACCGGUGCCCGCUGUGAGCUCUGUGCGGAUGGCUACUUUGGGGACCCCUUCGGGGAGCGUGGCCCAGUGAGGCCCUGUCAGCCCUGCCAGUGCAACAACAACGUGGACCCCGGUGCCUCCGGGAACUGUGACCGGCUGACGGGCAGGUGUCUGAAGUGCAUCCACAACACGGCCGGUGUCUACUGCGACCAGUGCAAAGCGGGCUACUUUGGGGACCCGCUGGCUCCCAACCCGGCGGACAAGUGUCGAGCUUGCAACUGCAACCCGAGGGGCUCAGAGCCCGUAGAGUGUCGAAGUGAUGGCAGCUGUGUUUGUAAGCCAGGCUUUGGUGGCCUCAACUGUGAGCAAGCAGCAUUGAGCAGCUGUCCAGCGUGCUAUAACCAAGUGAAGAUUCGGAUGGAUCAAUUUACGCAGCAGCUUCAGAGCCUGGAGGCCCUGGUUUCGAACGCUCAGGCUGGCGGCGGAGCAAUACCCAACACAGAGCUGGAAGGCAGGAUGCAGCAGGCUGAGCAGGCCCUGCGGGACAUUCUGAGAGAAGCCCAGAUUUCAGAAGGUGCUAGUCGAGCCCUCGGUCUCCAGUUGGCCAAGAUGAGGAGCCAAGAGAACAGCUAUCGGAGCCGCCUGGACGACCUCAAAAUGACUGCGGAAAGAGUUCGGGCCCUGGGAAGCCAGUAUCAGAGCCGAGUUCAGGACACACGCAGGCUCAUCGCUCAGCUGCGAGUGAGCAUGGCGGAAAGCGAGGCUUCCUUGCAAAACACGAACAUUCCUCCCUCAGAGCACUACACGGGGCCAAAUGGCUUUAAAAGUCUGGCUCAGGAGGCCACAAGAUUGGCAGACAGUCACGUUGAGUCAGCCAGUAACAUGGAGCAACUGGCAAGGGAAACUGAGGACUAUUCCAAACAGGCGCUAGCACUGGCCAGCAAAGCUUGGAGCCAAGGAGGCGGAAGCGGCAGCCUGGAUGGCGCUGUGGUGCAAGGGCUUGUGGGAAAAUUGGAGAAAACCAAGUCCCUGGCCCAGCAGCUGUCAAGGGAGGCCACUCAAACUGACAUUGAGGCAGAUAGGUCUUAUCAACAUAGUCUGCGCCUCCUGGAUUCAGUGUCCCAGCUGCAGGGAGUCAGUGACCCGUCCUUUCAGGUGGAAGCAAAGAGGAUCAAACAAAAAGCUGAUUCUCUCUCAAGCCUGGUGACCAGGCAUAUGGACGAGUUCAAGCGUGUGCACAGCAAUCUGGGAAACUGGGAAGAAGAAACCCAGCAGCUCUUACUGAAUGGAAGGAAUGGGAGACAGAAAUCAGAUCAGCUGCUUUCCCGGGCCAAUCUUGCUAAAAGCAGAGCGCAAGAAGCACUAAGUAUGGGCAAUGCCACCUUUUAUGAAGUUGAGAGUAUCCUAAAGAAUCUCAGAGAGUUCGACCUGCAGGUUGGAGACAGAAAAGCAGAAGCCGAAGAGGCCAUGAAGAGACUCUCGCACAUCAGCCAGAAGGUCACGGACGCCAGUCACAAGACCCGACAGGCAGAGACAGCUUUGGGCAGCGCUGCCGCCGACGCCCAGCGGGCAGAGAAGGCGGCGCGGGAGGCCCUGCAGAUCUCCAGCGAGAUCGAACAGGAGAUAGGGAGUCUGAACUUGGAAGCCAAUGUGACAGCAGAUGGAGCCUUGGCCAUGGAAAAGGGACUGGCCACUCUGAAGAGUGAGAUGAGGGAAGUGGAAGGAGAGCUGGCGAGGAAGGAGCUGGAGUUUGACGCGGACUUGGACGCAGUGCAGAUGGUGAUUACGGAAGCCCAGAGAGUUGAUACGAGAGCCAAGAAUGCUGGAGUUACCAUCCAAGACACACUCAACGCACUGGAUGGCAUCCUCCACCUAAUGGACAGGCCUGGCAGCGUGGAUGAAGAGGGGCUGAUCUUACUGGAGCAAAACCUUUUCCGAGCCAAGAGCCAGAUCAACAGCCAGCUGCGGCCCUUGAUGUCAGAGCUGGAGGAGAGGGCGCGCCGGCAGAGGGGCCAUCUCCGUUUGCUGGAAACAAGCAUAGAUGGGAUUCUGGCUGAUGUGAAGAACCUGGAGAACAUUAGGGACAACCUGCCCCCGGGAUGCUACAACACUCAGGCUCUUGAGCAACAGUGAAGCUGCCAGAGAGAUUUCUCAGCUGAGGUUCUUAGGAUAUGGACCUCAGGGCUCAGGAGCCAUCUCAUGUGGGUGGGGUGGGAUGGGGACAUUUGAACAUGUUCAGUGGGUCUGUUCAGGUCAACUGAAUCUGACCCCAUCCUUGAGAUCGUGGCCAGGUGGAUGUCUUAUUGCACCUGUGUACUACUCACUUCCUGACGCUGGGCAAUGAGGCAGGUAGCACUGGGCGUGAGACCGACCAAGGACCUGGACCCCAAAGAGGGGACCGGAUGGAAGGACAAACUGCGUGGGCAGAUGUUUGACUCAGAAUAGUCAUAAACGGCGUCCUGGAAUUUGGACAAGUGCUGCUGGGCUAUAGUUGGCUUAUUCUUUGAGUGAUACGACUAAAGGAAAAGUUGUUGACUUUGUCCAGAAUAUAAAAUCCUUCCUGAUGUCAGAACAGAGAGUGAUUUGCAGUCACACUGUGGCCAGUAAAACACUAUUGCUUCAUAUCAACCACUGCAAGCUUCUUGCUGGUCAGAGUUCCUCCUCCUUCCCACUGGGACGUGACUACAUACUCACUUUCAAGCUGGAAGAAGUGGGCAGUGGUGGAGGGAGGAGCCGUAAGGCAGGCCCACUGGGGCAGUGGUGCCGCUGGUGCUCUGCCACCUUCGAGUCUGGCCCUGGGACGGUAGCCUUUCUCUUAUGAUGCCAUGGCAGCUUAGGAAAUGCUUUAAAUAAAAAUGCAGUCUCUCCCAGCACAGCAAACAUUCGGAAGGUAUUUACUUUUGGGUUUCAAAGUGAUAGAAAACUGGCCUGGGCAUUGAAAGAAGUGAAAUUAUCUAGACUUAUUAGUCCUAAUUCAAUCCCACUUUUCAACACUAAAAAUUACAUACAUCUAUGUGUUUUAUUUUAUAUUCUCUUUCUCUGUCUCUCUCCUUCCCUCUAUAGCAGAGAAUGUUCCUAUCCAUGCUUGAGCUGGGUAGAAUCCAUCCUUCCAUCCAUCCUUCUAUCCAUUCUUUUAGCAUAUAUUUAUUGAGCACCUAUUGUGUGCCAAGGGCUGGCAGUACAGUGCUGACAUAGUCUCUGCCCUCGUAGAGUUGAUUGUCUAGUGAAGAAGACAAACAUUUUUAAAAAAUAAAGUUAAACCUACAAACCUUGUUCAUCACAAGUGGUAUUUAUUGCAAUAACUCCUUGCUUUGCAACCUCUUUGCUCAAUAGGACAUAUGUUGCAAGACCCUCCCAUGGGGGCACUUGAGCUUUGGCAAAGCUAAGGGAGCUUGGGGUUGUACACACUCCUUUGCAUUCCAGCUGUCACUCUGUGCCUUUCCACAACUGAUUGCAACAGACCGUUGAGUCAUGGCAACACCAUGGGAAUUGCCGACCAGAGGCACUUCCACCCUUGCUCAGAAGACAUCGCCCUGCCUCGCUUCUGCAUUUCCUUGGUUUUUCAUGGAUGUGUUUUAAAAUAAAGAGCAAUUGUUAGAUG